AUGCAUUGGCAGAUGUACAAGUAUGCGAGUCACCAAAAAAGAAAGAAGAAGUACGACUUAGAAUGUAGAUUCUGCGAAGUUAGCAACACUACUGGUCAAGGUUUAACGGAUUUGAUAUUAAAUUUUUUAAAGGAAUCUAAGAUUAAUACUGCCGAUAAGCGAGGCCAGGGUUAUGACUAUGGUGCCAAUAUGAAAGGCAAACACAAUGACUUACAAAAAAAAAUCUUAGUUACUAAUCCCAGAGCCCUUUUUUGUCUCUUGUGCCUUAAGCCUUACACAGCCUUAAUUUAG